AUGCACCACGAACCCAAAAUCAAUGCAGACAGCUACCCCGAAGGCGGCCUCCGCGCCAACCUGGUCGUCCUAGGUAGUUUCAGCUCCAUAAUGGGCGGCCUCGGGCUCAUGAACAGCAUCGGCAUCUACCAAGCCUGGAUAUCAACACACCAACUCGCCUCCCAUAGCUCCGGCCAUAUAGGCUGGAUCUUCGGACUCUACAACUUCCUCGUCUUUUUCUGCGGAAUCCAAAUAGGACCCAUCUUCGACGCAAAAGGUCCGCGGCUCUUGAUGUGGCUUGGCUCAGCGCUCAUCGUGUUAACAUUCGUGUUAAUGGGCUUUUGCACCGCGUACUGGCACUUUUUGGUUGUCAUCGGGAUUCUGGGUGGAAUGGGGACGUCAUUUAUUUUCAUUGUUCCUGUUGCGAGCAUUGGGCAUUUCUUUUGUCGAAGGCGUGGUGCUGCGACGGGUCUUGCGUUGUCAGGGGGAAGUAUUGGGGGUGUGGUUUUCCCGCUUGUUUUGGAGAAUCUUACCCCCAAGGUGGGAUUUGCGUGGUCGACUCGGAUUAUUGGCUUGAUUACGCUUGUGCUAUUGAUUCCGGGGUUUUUACUUGUUCGAGCGAAUUUCCCACCGAAGACUCCCUCGCCGCCGUCCGCGAAGGUGUUUCUACCGGAUUUGACGAUUCUGAGAGAUCCGGUUCUUGCGCUGACGACUCUGGGUGUGUUCUUUAUUGAAUGGGGCUUUUUUAUUCCGUUAGAGUAUAUCGCUUCGUAUGCCCUUGCGAAUGGUAUCCCGCGUCAGCUAUCGUAUUUGAUGGUUGUGUUUUUGAACGCGGGUUCGUUCCCCGGACGAUGGUUACCUGGUAUUCUUGCGGACCGAAUUGGCCGGUUUAAUACAUUGCUCUUGACGAAUAUUUUGUGUCUGGUUGCGGUAUUGGCGGUGUGGAUGCCUGCUGGGACGAAUGUUGUCGCCGUCAUCAUAUUUUCGGUCGUGUUUGGCUUUGCGAGUGGAAGCAAUAUCAGUCUUGUCCCUGUUUGCGUUGGGGAAUUAUGCCCCGUGGAGAAUUAUGGACGGUAUUAUACGACUGUAUAUACUUUUGUCAGUUUUGGCGCCUUGACCGGUGUGCCCAUCGCAGGAGAAAUUCUGCAUCGUUGCGAAGGCGCAUAUUGGGGUCUGAUUGCGUUUGCAGGAUGCGCAUAUGCGGCUGGAAUCGUUUGUUUUGUCCCAGACUGGUUUCCGGAUACGAUUCCGAACAUCCUUUCAAAUGUCUUCCUGAACGUCUUCCUUGACCUCAUUCGAGAUAUUCCCCUGGAGAUUAUUCUAAGUGUUGACACAAAAGUUACUCUCAAAUCUUCUGCAUUGCUCCGAGAUUUUGGACAUGGCGACGGACCGGAUUUCCGAAAGACGUAG